CCAAUCAGGGUUGGUUUCAUAAAUGUCAUAUGGAUAGAUUUGUUUACGGUAAUAGCAAUGGAAUUCUUGAAAGCUGAAAUUGAGAGAAAAAAGCGACAAAUCGAGAACAGUAAUGUAUUUGCCCCCAACAAGAAGUAUUUCAAGCGAGGGGACCUAGCUGCCCAGCAGACAGCUGAGUACUGGAAGAGAAACAAGGCUCAGGUUGAAGAUGAAGAAAAGGCACAGAAGAGUCAAGAAUCAGCAGAUCAGAAGCUGGAAAAGAAGGAAGACAAGAAGUAUGAUCAACUACCCAGGAAAGAAACGAUCCGCCGGCUGCGGGAGAGAAGUGAACCUAUUCGACUGUUUGGAGAGUCAGACCUCGAGGCUUACAUCCGUCUCAAGAAGUUGGAAACACAGGAACCAGACAUCAGAAAGGGUCAAGGAUUUGACAAUGACUUUAAGGCAGCUAUGGAUCAAGUGGACCAAGCAUACCUAAAUGAGAUCAUCAAGUCAUCAGAUGGAUCCCCGUGUUCUAAUGAUGUGUUUAUCAAAGACGACGGAACUACUGAUGAAGACAUACCAAAAAUGCGCGAGGAGCUUGGAAAGGGCGAUAAGGACAACGACCAGCUGAUUAUGUUGAGGUUUUUCAAGUACAUCAUGAAGAUGUGGGGCAGCAUGUUGAACAACCGGCCGGAGGACGAUAAACGGAUAAACAGAGGGAAGCUGGACAGUGCCCAGCACACCCAGACUGUCGGAUAUCUCAAACCUCUCUUUAGGAAACUGAAAAAUAAAAAUGUAGAUGAGGAUAUCAUGGACAGCAUGGUGCUGAUUGUACAGAGGCUGAUGGACAAAGAUUAUCUCGGGGCCAAUGACUCGUACCUAGAGAUGGCAAUAGGAAAUGCACCUUGGCCUAUCGGAGUCACCAUGGUCGGAAUCCACGCUCGUACUGGUCGAGAGAAAAUCUCUUCAAGAUACGUGGCCCAUGUGCUGAAUGAUGAAACACAGAGGAAAUAUAUACAGGGUUUGAAGAGGCUGAUGACACAGUGUCAGAAAAUAUUUCCCACAGAUCCAUCACGAAGUUUCAACUACAAGUGCCCUGUCUGAGCUCAUUCCAAAUAAGAGAAUAAGAUGCACAUGCUCAUUACAAAGGCCAGAUUACAGUGGGGAUAUGUAUCACGGAUCAGUGGCAGGUGUUGGUUGUAAAUGAAGCUGAUGAAAUAUGUGAGAUAAUCUGCCAAAUAAGAUAUUUGUGUGAUGAACAUAUUUAUGGAACUCACCAGGGUGAAAAAGAAGAGAUGGAAAUGUUGCCAUGGCAACAUGAUAUACAUAUGCAUCAUCUUUUGUAUCAUUAAGGAAAUAUUUCCAUUCAAACAUCAUUUUAUUUCUUCAGGAGGUGCAAGGUUGUAGUCUCAUCAUCAAUAAAAACACUGAAAUUAUUAGUCCAUCACUUGGAAUUCGUGCAAUAUAGAAUCUUGUCUAAACUGGCUGAAUUUUAUAGUUUAAGGUCACUAUUUACUUCAUGAUUUCUGGGUUAGUAUAGGUCUUGUCUAUGCCGGUGGUAUGAGGCGAGUUAAUGGAUCGGGUGGUCAGACUCAGUGACUUGGUCAAUUUGCAUGUCAUCUUGACGGCAUGCAUCUUUGCUCAUAAUAUCAACCUCAGGGUUAGCUGGCUAAAGUUAUUUACAGGUUGCCGUCAAAUACCAUGAGCUGUUAUAUUACUGAGUGUUGUGCUAAGCUGCAAACAAAUUAACUUUAAUGCUUUAUGUAACAAGAAAGACCAAUCUGUUCAGUCAUUGAAAGCCCUUUAGCAACAUAUUUUGGUUUACCUCUUCAGCACAUCUGAUGGGCACAAUUUGGUUUUGUACAUCAAUUUAUGUGCUGAUAUUGAUGGUCCUGAAAAUAGAACUUGAACACACAUCUCACAAUGAAUUUGUGAACGGAGUAAUGUACUCAUGUCAUAUAAGGGUACUCCUCGCUGUUGAGUGGUGAAUAUUGACCCAUGAAUGCAGUCCCUGCUUGAAGCUUGCCAACAGGAACAGCAGUGUAUUCCAGAGUAAACCAUUAGUUCCAAAUGAGUCCAGUUUAGGUGGAUUCCACUUUCUGCAGGUCCCUCUCUAGACAUGACCAUUUUCUGGUACUCUUGUUUCUUUUAGAAAUAUUUUGUAUCAUGUUUUAGUGUGUAAAAUCCAUUUUGUUCUUACAGCCCUGCCAAACGUGUGUAUUUGUAUUGUAACCCUUGUAUGAUCUUUUAAUUUUCAUAAAGCGGGUCCAGACAGGGGAAGCAGGUGUGUGCACCCCCCUGCAGAAACAUACUCAUAAUGUUGACACAUAAAACAUAUAACUUAGUCAUUUGAUGACAUGGUUUUUUGUUUAAAAACCCACACCAUUAUUUGACUGCUGUUUUGUUUACAAAUGCGAACUAGAUUCUUUAAUUAAUGAAUUAUUUGCAUUCAUCAAGCAGUUAUUGUAUUUUAUAUCAGCGCCCCCUCUUUUCCCAAAAUAAAGACCUUCCACUCAUUCAGACCCCCAGCUGUGACAAAGGAGCAACCGCUUAAUUGAAUACAAAAUAUUAUUAUCAUGAGGCUGAGAUAUAAGGGUUUACUUCUUUGACUAGGAUUCUAGAAUUACAAAAUGGAUUAUUAUGCGAUUUCCCCAGUCACUUUGGAGGAUGGUCGCUAUGCCUCUGCAAUAGGCAAAGAUUGUUUUUAAAUUAUGAUUCUUGUAUGUCUGUAAAUAAACUUGCCCAGUACCCAG